CCCCGUUAGGCGGCACACGUGCGAUUUUGUUUUAGUUGGCUCGUGUAAAAAUGAAGGUGGCUUCGAAAAAAGUUAAAACUCUGGGUAAACCCAAGCCCGGAGUAAGUAAAAAGAAGCCCGCAAAGGAUGCCCUCAAAAAGGCGAAAGCCAAGAAGGCGGAAAUCUCCUCCGAGCCGAAAGUUAUCGCCAAGAAACCAAAGACAAAAGCCACUGCGCCAGUGAAAAAUGGGAAGCCCGCUAAGAAGGGAGCCAAGAAAUCACACAAGGAGGAGCUGGAAGGACUAAAGGAAAUCGAUCCGGAGUUCUACGAUUUCCUCAAGAAGAAUGACAAGAAGCUGCUCGACUUCAAUCUGCUGGACAGCGACGACGAGGAUGAAGAGGAGGAGGAGGAAGGCAAGGCACAGAAGGCGGCUGAGGAAAGUGGAGACGACGAGGAUGACGAGGAGAAGUACCACAAGCCCAGUGAGGAUUUGGCCGUGGCCAGCGAUGAGAGUGACUUCGAGGAAGAGGAUGAUGAAGCCGCCACCGGAGGCACCCAGAAGAUCACCCUAAACCUGUUGCACCAGUGGGAGCAGCAAUUGGGCCAGGCCAACGUCUCCAUCGACAUUGUGCGCAAGGUAAUCCAGGCCUUUAACUCGGCCCUGGCCAGCAUCUCGGCCGAUGGAGCCGACGGCGGCGAGAACCAGCCCAAUGCAGCCGCCUUCAAGGUCGUCGGAGCAGCCGCCUUCAACGGAGUCAUCCAGCUCUGCGUGAUCCACCUGCAGCCUGCCAUCAUCAGAUUGCUGGGCGUUAAGCCGAACAGCAGCCUGCCGCUGCACAAGCACAAGAAGUGGGUCAAGGUGCGCGGCUGUCUGCGCUACUACCUCACUGAUCUGAUUCGCCUGGUGGAGCAAGUCUCGAGUCCCAAUAUCCUGGGUGUGCUUCUCAAGCACCUGCAUCAAAUGGCCGGCAUGGUGGUGCCCUUCUCCGCCCUGGGAAAGACCAUUUUGAAGCGCCUGGUUGUCCUCUGGGCCACUGGAGACGAAACCGUUCGUGUGCUGGCCUUCCUCUGCAUCUUGAAGAUAACCAGGAAACAGCAGGCCACCAUGCUUAACCAUGUGCUGAAAGCCAUGUACUUGGCCUAUGUGCGCAAUUCCAAGUUCGUGUCCCCCAAUUCUCUGCCCGGAAUCAACUUCAUGCGUCGCUCGCUGGUGGAGAUGUUCGCCUUGGACCUGAAUGUCACCUAUCAACAUGCCUUCCUCUACAUCCGUCAGUUGGCCAUUCACCUGCGAAACGCAGUGAUCCUGAAGAAGAAGGACAGCUUCCAGGCAGUGUACAACUGGCAGUUCAUCAACUCCCUACGCCUGUGGGCGGAUCUUCUGGGCGCAAGUGCGAACAAGCCGCAGUUGCAGCCUCUGGUCUAUCCCCUUGUCACCAUUGCCACUGGAGUGAUCCGACUGGUACCCACCGCUCAGUACUUCCCAUUGCGAUUCCACUGUCUACAGACGCUAAUUUCCCUGUCCAAGGAGACUAAUACCUAUGUGCCAGUGCUGCCGCUCAUUGUGGAGGUUCUGAAGAGCAACACCUUCAAUCGCAAGCACUCGGCGGUGUCCAUGAAGCCACUGCAGUUUACCUGCAUCCUGAGGCUUAACAAGGGACAGCUGGCGGAGAAUGGCUUCCGCGAUGAGGUCAUCGAACAGGUGUGCGGUCUUCUGCUGGAGUAUCUUGCUCACGAGUCUGCCUCGCUGGCCUUUAGCGAUCUGGUGGUGCCCACUGUGAUGGCCAUUAAGGCGUACCUAAAGGAUUGCCGGAAUGCCAACUACACGCGCAAACUGAAGCAGCUGCUGGAGAAGAUCCAGGAGAGCGGCCGUUUCAUAGAGCAGCAGCGCGGCAAGAGCAGCGUUACCUUUGACAUCAAGGAUUCACAAGCCGUGGCCGCCUGGGAGCAGCAGCUCCGCCUGAAGCGCACGCCCCUGGACAUUUACUACGCCAGCUGGCUGAAGACGCACGAGAUCAAGAAGCGUCGCCAGGCGGCGCAGACGGACGAGAUUAAUGCCGACUACGAUGUGCCCAAGCUGAAGAAGCUGCCGGCUAAGUCGGGAGUGCCCGUGAGGAAUGAGAACGGAGAGAUUGAGCUCUUCCCAUCGGAUUCGGAGGAUGAAGGGGACGAUGGUCUGCACGUGGGAUCAGACGAUGAUGAAGAGGAGGAGGAAGUAGAGCAGGAGGAGGAGGAAGUGGAAGUGGAGCAGCCCAAAGCCAAGAAGGCCAAGAAGGAGAAGCCCGAAAAGCUGAAAUCCCAGCCAGCAGCAGUGGAGGACGAUUACGACGAGGCUGGCGGAGCCGUUGAUAUAGUUAAGGACUUGGACUUGAACGAUUGGUAGAGAAUUUAAGAUCAAUUUAACUAUAUUUACACAUUAAACUCUUUAAAAAUA